UCCACUGUUGUCUGUAAAGAUGGAGCUGCAUCUGGCCAUUCUUACCCUCGCUGUUUGUCUCUCAGCUGAUGCUCAGUUUCUACACAACGAUUUCAAAAUUAAUGGAUGUUCUGACACAGAAAAAGAAUCUGUGUGUGGAUCAGAUGGAGAAGAGAUAUGGCAUGCUGACUUUAUUCAACAGAUGGGAGUAAAUACAUUACCAGAUUUCGCAGAUGCUUUGCGCUUUCCAGGAUUUUAUGAAUCAAGCAUCGCGGCACAAGAAGCAUGCAAGCAAAACCUAGCUGUAUGCAUUAAAGCUUACAAGAGCCCGCCAGAGGAAAUGGACCCCCCCGAGACGUCCAUCUAUCCGAAGAAUGAUGUUCAGCUGGGUGUUGAGAACUCCCUCGUCUGUCACGUCACGGGCUUCUUUCCUCCGCCUGUCAACAUCUCGUGGACCAAGAACAAUGUCGUUGUGACGGAAGGUGAGAGUCUGAGUCGGUACCGACCGAGGAACGACGGCACCUUCCACAUCUUCUCCUCUGUGGAUAUUGUUCCUGAAGAGAGGGACAUUUACAGCUGUACGGUGAACCACAGAGCCCUCCAGGGCCAAGCGCAGACCAAAAUAUGGGGUGUCCCAGAGACGACUGCUGUCUCGCCCCGUCUGGGUCCGGCGGUACUAACUGAGGAACUCUGA